AAGUAGCGUAAAAUCAGAGGCAUAGAUUUCCUUUUAAGGAAAUCAAAUUGCUGAAAAACAACCUGUCACAGUGACCAACGACAUAAAGUAAUACUAACCGCAUUGAAAAAAUAUUCUGCCCUUUGCACCUUUCUGUCUAUUUAAAUGGAUUGAUUUCCGAACUUCUUCGUAAACCAAAACCACUACAGUUUCCUCUGGAAUAAGCUUCUGCUUUCAGAAUUUGAGCUCUUUCCGACCGCUGAAUUCCACGUUAAUUGUGACUAAAAUGGCGAUGCUGCGAAUAGUAGCUAGUUUGGCUGUAAUGGCCAUGAUCAUCAAUGUAGCCAUGGCAGCAACUUACAAUGUUGGCAGUCCCAGCGGCAGCUGGGAUACCAGCACUGACCUCGCGUCAUGGUCAUCUUCGAAAACAUUUUUGGUGGGAGACCGUUUGGCUUUCACCUAUCCGUCGAACCACGACGUGGUUGAAGUGCCUAAGACAGAUUACGAUUCCUGCCAGACCACUAACUCAAUUCAGACUUACAACGGCGGCAACACCGUCAUCCCUCUCUCUUCUCCGGGCAAGAGAUACUUCAUAUGUGGAACAUUUGGGCAUUGUAGCCAAGGAAUGAAGGUUGAAAUCGACACACUUGCCACCUCAACAUCACCAACAAGGGCACCAACGCCUGAAACUGGAAUUGAAUUACCUCACAGUCCUGCUCCAUCCCAUGUGGUUUCUCCGACCGAAUCUCCUUCUCUAAGCCGCUCCGCCAACCCAUCUUCCUCAUCAGCAGCUACACUAGCUAAUACUCUAAUUGGGUCUAUUGUAGGAUUCGGCUUCGCCAUGGUGAUGCUACUGAGUCUCUGAGCAUUUGAUCAUAACCUAAGAAGGGAGGAACAAUCUCACAAUAUUUUAGUACUGCUGUUGAUUUAUUUCUUGGAGUUUUAUUUUAUUUUUCCCUUCUUGUUUCUUUCCGAGAUAAUUGCUUGUGUAUCUCUCAAUUUAAAGAAGAUUAUUUUUCCAGAACAGUGCGAUUUAACCUA